AUGUCGUCCGACAUACAUCAAAUGGGAGGUUUUUACGAUGCAACGACGCAACAGAACGCCUUCAAAGCAAUGAGUCAAAUGUGGCAAAUGGAUCAGUAUCAGCAAGGAUACACUAUGAAGGACGUUCCGCAGUCGACAAGCCUCCCACAUCCGUUUGCCAACUUCGCCCAGCAGCUUUCCUCGAUCACACAAACGAUGAAGGAAGCGCCCUCUGCUCCCAAGAAGAAGCCGAAUCCAGUACCUGUUGAGCUGAAAGAUGAGGCUUAUUAUGAGCGUCGAAAGCGCAACAACGAGUCCGCCAGACGAUCGAGGGAGGCGCGACGGCAGAAGGAGGACGUGAACUUCAGGAAGCUCGAAUUGGUGCAACAGGAUAAUAUUCGCCUAAAAGCGGAACUUCAAAGAGUGCUUAUGGAAUUGGAACGACUCAAAUAUAUGGCUGCAGUUCAAGGCGUCCAGCUAUGA